UCGCGGCGAAGCGCAGCCUCAUCACGGAGCACGGUGCUGAGAAAGAGUGAGAGAGGGAGAGAGCAAGAGAGAGAGAGAGAGCAAAGGAGGGUGUGUAUUCGUGUGUGUGUGAGGGAGAGAAAGCCACAGCCAGAGCCAGAGAAACGAGAAAGAUAAAGGAAAGACAGACGGAACGAUAGACUUGUGCGUAAAAAAAGUCCCCCCUUCUUCUUCUUUUUCUUUCUCAAUUUACCAUCAGACAAAAACCCAAAACCGGCUGCUUGGAUGAACCAGAACCUAUCGAUCUGUCAGUACUACACCUGGAUUCACUGACCAGCCGCACAGCAGGCAUGUCCCGAAGGAAGCAGAGCAACCCCAGGCAGAUCAGACGUCCUCUGGAGGAUGGCCUGGAGGAAGAGGAGGAGGAGUGUGUCUCCGAGGAGAACGAGCUCCUGGCCAAAGACGAGUUCUCGGCAGAGGAGAACUUCUCCGCCGAGUUCGAGACGGAGAACAUGAGCUGCGAAGACAUGGAGUACUUCUGCAACAAAGGAGAGGAAGAUGGCAACCGAGAAGCAGGAGAGUCGGAGAUGGACGUGCAGGGCGAGAAGACCAGGCAUGGGGGGCCGGAGGAAUGGGAUGGUCCAAGAGAGCUGGAUACGUUCCUUAAAGAAGGCGAGCGUCGGAUCCAAACCCGGCAGGAGCUCCCUGUGGGGACCACGUGGGGACCGUUCGAGGGGAAGAUCGAGAUGAACCCUGAAAACACUACACUGAAGACGAAGAGCACGGUCCCGGUGGUGCUGAGCGCCGGCCCCAGGUGGCUGCUGGAUGUGACUUGGCAGGGAGCGGAAGACAACAAAAACAACUGUGUGGUGUACUGCAAAGGUGGCCAACUAUGGUGCACCACCACCAAGAACAUGAUGGAGGGCGAGGAGCUGGUGGCGUUUGCGGUGGACUUUGACACGCGUCUGCAGGCGGUGAACCACAUGUCUCUGAGCGAGGGCAUGUACCCAGCCAGGCUGCUGGACAGCAUCCAGCUCCUGCCCCAGCAGGCCGCCAUGGCUUCCAUCCUGCCCACUGCCAUCGUGAACAAGGACAUCUUCCCCUGCAAGGCAUGUGGGAUCUGGUUCAGGAGCGAGAGGAACCUGCAGGCCCAUCUGAUGUACUAUUGCAGCGGGCGACAGAGGGAGCCAGAGACGGUGGUGGAGGAAAAUGACAGCGGCCCCCACCAAACCCCCAGUUUGUGCCCCUUCCCACAGUGCACCAAGACCUUCUCUGGAGCCAGGGCCCUGGAAAUACACCUGAGCACCUCACACAGUGGUGUCAAAAUGGAAGAGAGCCUCCCUCCUGGCACCAGCUUGAAAUGCACAAUCUGUAACUACACGGCAGAUUCUCUUAUUACAUUCCAGCAUCACAUCAUGUCUCACCUGUCACAGGCGGCCUUCAGAUGCAAUCACUGCCAUAUCAGCUUCCAGAGCCACAGGGAACUCUUACAGCAUCAGGACUUACAUGGGCACGGUAGCAAACUUCACAGGGAAGGCGACGGCACCGAGCAUUCUCCCAGGGGGCCCGAGGAAAGCCUCCAGCAGCAGAAGCAGCAGGCCCGCGCUGAGCUGGCCAACAGGAAGGAUGCUCUGCUGGGAAGUCCCAAAGGGGCCCUCAACAAGGAGACCAGCACAGACGGAGAGGCUGACAAGGCAGAGAAGAAGCCCAUGCUGUCCCUUCAGAAGGGAGAGGCUCACCCAGGCAGCAAAGCCAGUUUUUCUUACACUAGGAUCAAGUCUGAGCCCUCCAGCCCCCGACUGGCCUCCUCCCCUGUGCAGCAUAACAUGCCUACAUUUCCCAUGGGCCCCUUCUUGUCUCAGUUUGCUUUCUCCCAAGACAUUUCAGUAGUCCCACAGGCUUCUGAGAUUCUUGCUAAAAUGUCAGAGCUAGUUCACCGGAGGCUGCGCCACGGAGGAAACAACUACCCCCCUGUCAUCUACAGUCCUCUUAUGCCCAAGGGGGCCACCUGUUUCGAAUGCAAUAUCACCUUCAGCAACCUAGACAACUAUUUGGUCCACAAAAAGCACUACUGUAACAGCCGCUGGCAACACAUGACGAAGUCCCCCGACUUCUCCGCCCUCUCAGACAAGGUUCCAGAGGCGGUGAGCCCCAACAGUGGGCACAGUUCUGUUAACAUGUUGACCGGCUGCCACCCUACGGACGCCGACAACCACCUCAUGCAGUCCGCCUGUCUGACCUCCAAUGUGUUGGACAUGAUCAAUGCUGGGGCUAAAGGGCCAGAAAAGGAUCUAGCUGGACAGGUGAAGAAGGUCUCUACCCCAACUGGGGCUGAAGAGAGGCUCAAUGGCCAGCCCUUGGAGGGAAAAAGCCCCACUACUGGUCUGGUGGAAAGUGACAAUGACCCAAACAAGACGGUCUGUGAGGCCUGCAAUAUCACCUUCAGCCGCCACGAGACCUUCAUGGUCCACAAGCAGUACUACUGUGCCACCCGUCAUGACCCACCCAUGAAACGCAUGUCCAGCAACAAGGUCCCCUCCAUGCAGAGAACCAUCAGGGCCCGUAAGCGCAGGAAGAUGUACGAGAUGUGUCUUCCUGACCAGGAGCACCAGAGGCCCAUGGGUCAGCCAGGUUUUCUCGGGGUUCCUCCAAUGAACCCUUGUACAUCCCAGGAAGCAGUAGAGAGCCUAGCAGAUCGCUUCCACCCGCGCUGUGACAUCUUCCCUGGUAUGGUACCCAAACACCUGGAGGCCUCUCUGACUGUCACUAAACCUAUCAUGGCUCCCAAAUGCAAUACAGGGGAGCAACAGGAGCUGGACACUCCCAUCGAUCUCAGCAAAAAGUGUUCGCCAGCCUCUGACAAGACAUGUAGCUCCCCUAAAAGACUGUUGGACUAUCACGAAUGUGCAGUGUGCAAGAUAAGUUUUAACAAAGUGGAGAACUACCUGGCGCACAAACAGAACUUUUGCCCAGCAACAGCCGCCGCCGCUGCUGCUGCUGCUGCUGCUACCACUGCCACUCAACACCAGAACGAGACUGGCAGCAUGGAGCCGACCAUGUUCCCCGAUGUGAAGAUUGAAGCCAACAACAACCCAGAUGAAGUCUACGAUAAGAGCCCGGGCAAAUGUGAGAAGAAUGGCAAUGGGAAGGUGUUGUUGCAGAAUGGAGGCAUGUUCCCCCCUCACUUGGGGCCCGCGCCGGGAGCCAAAACUUUUGCUGAGCCCCAGCUCAUCCCAUCAAAAGACGAGAGCAAGAAUAUGUUUCUGUCCCACUGCCUCUAUCCCGGAGCAAUAAAGAAGAUGAAAGGUCCCGAGCAAUUGUCGCCGUAUUUCGGGAUAAAGUCAACUGAUUAUGUGACUGGCGGACCAGCGAUGCAGGGAGAGGCCAGCGAACAGGAGCAGAGCGUUAAUGGGGGAGGAGGCACGGGAGGAGGGGAGACAGGAACAACCAGAGAGCAGGCCCAGCCGCCUGCUGCUAACGGUUGCCCCCACCCCGGCAAGGAACCCCUACCCCUACUGCCCAAAAACCGAGGCAUGGUCAUCGUCAACGGGGGGCACAAGAACGAGGAGCGUUCAGGCACGGCUCCUCCACAGCAGGAGAAUCAGCCAGACGGCCAGCCCCCCAACCCUUCACCCACGUGGGCCACCGAGAACCAGGGCGACUCCAACGAGAACAUGUCGCCUUCCUCCAAGUCUCCAAGCGAGGAGGCGCCGCCCACAACCAACAAAGGUGUGAACGGCUCUGGAAGUGGCAAGUACUGCCGCCUCUGUGAUAUCCAGUUCAACAACCUGUCAAACUUUAUUACCCACAAGAAGUUCUACUGUUCAUCACAUGCUGCAGAGCAUGUCAAAUAAGUUGAGAAGAAUAAGACACGUUCUUCUUCUUCCCCCCAGCCCUAUUCCCUUCCAAACUUUGACCCCUUUUUUCUCCUAUGUUUUGGUACACUGUUGUGUCUGGAAUAGUGCAUCACGCAGUGCUAUACGCUGCUUGUGGACAAUCAAGAGAAGCUUCUUCUUUCAUUGUUUUAAGACUUGAUAAUGCAAAAACCAUUGGUUAAAAAAGAAAAAGAAAAGAAAAAUGAAUCAAGAAUAAUAUUGGUGCCACUUUCACAUUAAUUUAUUUUACAAUCAGUAUUAAUAGAAGUAGUGAUCUUAAUUUAAAUUCAAAAGGAAAUUUAUAUCAGAGUUGUUUGUAAUGUUAUUGUAUAGUCAUUCUUGUGUAGCACACAUAUUGUUUACACUGUAGUGUAGGCUCAAUGAAACAAAUAGACAAUACAAAAAUGAGAUGCAUUUUAGACACAAAAAUAGCUACUGAGGCACUUGUGUAUUCUUAUUUGCUGUACCAGUUUCUGUAUAUGCUCAAAAUGUCAAUUGCAGAUUGCUACUAAUGACUUGUUUGCCUUAAAAAAAAGAAAUCACCAUUUGGGGGUGAUAACCAGGCACAACCCUGCAUCUCACAUUUUGGCAUAUACACAUGGCUUUGCAUACAUAUGUGGCUGUUUGUCCCUGUCUCUUUUCUUCAACUCAGAUGUGGAUGUUUUCAUGAGGAUGGCAGCAUUCUUGUAUAGUACUCGUAUUUCUGUUUGAUGAUACACUUUGGUCUCCCUUUUGGAAAUUUGCUCUCAAUGCAAUACUUUGUAAAUGAGGGAACAUUACUGAAAAGCAGUAUUAUGAAAUGGGGACUGUGCAUAUAAUUAUUUGUAAACCCCAAAGGGAAAAAAAAGAAGUUGUACAAGAAUUUAUUGCUGACGAACAAGAUGGGCGGGAGGUCAGUGGGGAUACUGAUGUAAAAAUGAUCAUUCCAAUGUCCUGAUUAUGGGAGAAAAUGUUUCUUAAAACGUUGUUGCUAUGCAUGUAUAUGGAUGGAAUUAAAUUCCAGAUCUGUUGGAAAUUUUUAUUUUGAUGUGGUGUCAUAAUUAAACUUAAAUCCUCAGGAUAAA